AUGACUCCCGACGAGCAAGAGGCGGUGUUCUCCGUAGCCCAAAUCGUGUUCUUCAACACCGUCAAUCUGAUAGUAACUGUCACUGGGUAUGGAGCAUUUGUUUUGGGAACGAUUAUUGCCGUUGUAUCUCUCAGGAGAAGAACCUGGGGACGUUCACAGACCAUCCUACUUGUUUGUCUGCUCGUAAUGUUCACUUGCUUCACUUGGGACGUCUUCUACUCUGGAGGAUUCAACGUGACCGAUAUCCGGUAUACGUUUGUGAAAACCUCACCAGAGGGCCUGGUGGCUCAAAUAGAAGCGGCCGAUCGGAAGACCUUGGUAUGGCAAUAUAUGCCGUCGUGGGCUGCAACGGUGAACCUUCUCUUGAGCGAUUGCAUCGUUGUUUGGAGAGCGUGGAUAUUAUUCCAAGACGAAAAAUUCUGGAAGAUCUCUCUAGCGGUUCUCAUGAUAGCCAACAUAGGCGUCAAUGUCGCUGAUUGUAUCUGGGGUAACAUCGAACUCAGUGUCGAGAUCGCAAGCUCCACUACUCUUGACUGGCUCUCGAGCAUAAUAUCCUUGACUGUUAAUAUUUUUGCGACCUUUCUCAUAGCAUUCAAAGCCUGGUAAGAAUCAUCAUCGCUUCAUGGCAGCGGUGUCUAUUCGUAAAAGAACACGCUCCGAGAGCAUACUCCUGCUCUUGAUUGAGUCCGGAGCCAUAUAUUGUGGAAUACAAUCAGUGUAUGCUGUAUUCAUAUUAUUGGAUGUGUAUACUGUUGUGGACAUUGGCUUCUCGCAAGCCAUGAACGUUAUCACUGCCAUGUCCAUCGUUGCGGCGGCAUGUUAUCCCAUUGCGGUAAUCAUUCUCGUUCAUAACGAGAACUCACUUAUAACAGAGAUUGAAACGUUCCAAGAAAGUUCCUGUGCUAAAACAGUAGACGAAAGUCACAGCAU